ACUCACUUUGCCAAGCGCCCGAUCUCUCCACCUCGCGUGCUCCCGGAGUUGUUUCCCCAAGACAAAGGGUACCACGACCUCGACAACCAACUCCAAGCGUCGGGUUUGUGGCCAUUCGUCUCCAAGAGCCGCUCGAGCUUCAAUCCCGCCUUUGUCCGGGCUUUCUAUUCCAAUCUCCGCCGUGACGGGGACACCAUUCACAGCAGCAUCAAUCUCUACGACAUAGAGAUUGAUUUGCCUACCUUCGCUCGGGUCGCAGGGCUGCCCAUCCGUGGUGACGACAUCGCAACCUAUGGUGGCAAUGAUUGGAUCCUCAACAACGAGGCGGUGGUCAUCCGAGAGCUUGGGAUCACCAACCUCAUCCGUCACAGCGGCGCACCGACGAUUCACUCGGCCCCACCGGACCAGCGCCUCCUCCUCUAUAUCAUCACCCAGAUUCUCCGCCCCAGGGACAGCAGCCAUACCUCGCUCUUCAACGAGGACUUGAAGGCGAUUCAUGCCAUCAUCCACGGCGCCUCCAUCAACUGGGCGAAAUUCGUCAUGAUCCACAUGGCGGAUUGCGCCUCCAUCGCCACUGAGCGGAGCUUGCCAUACGCCUUCCUCGUCAUGGACCUCAUCAUCUCCGCCGACAUCUCCAUCGCCGGCCCGGAUACGAAGAUGACAAAGAUUUGGAUCAUCCAAGACAGCACCUUCCGGAAGAAUGGAUGGCAUGGGCAGUCAAUCGAGCGGAUGGACUGGACGCUGCAACGCCAACACCACGACAUGACGGCGUUCUUUCGCGGCGUCAACUACGUCCCGCCGCCCUUUGACAGCACCUUCCUCGGCCAAAACUAUGAAGGCGAGGACGAGGAGGAUAACUCCUAUGCACCAUCCUCCUCUCCCGACGAGGCCGAUUUUGAGGACGCGGUCGACGGGGAUCCCAUGGACGUUGAGGACGACGAAGAAGACGAUGACGCCGAGGACGAGGACGCCUCUGCCUAAAAUCUUCUUUCUUUUCCUUCCUUCCUAUGAUUAUUUUUUUAAUUAUUUCCAUUCCGUUGUAUUCCGCAUUUUCUCCUUUCUCAUGAAUGAAAGUUUACUUUUUUACUCCAAAGUUCACUUUUAAUUCUUUUUGUUAAUGUCAAAAGGGGGAAGAUAUCAAGGUUAUGCAUAAAUUGAGGGGGAAUUAUUUUUCAAAUAAAAUGGCUUCCAUUAAGGGGGAACACUUUUUAAAGUCUCAAAGACUUCCUCAUAUGCAUAACCUCAUCUCGUUUGCAAUUAUCAAAAAGGGGGAAAUUGUUGAAACACGGGCAUGUCACGUUUUCGUACUAAAGCCGUGUUUGUUUUUAUGACAGGUUUUGAUAAUGCCAAACCGCCGUGAUCAAGUCAAACUUUGAAUAUACAAGGCGAAGAAGGAAGACAAGAACAAGAGCUAAAAGAAGACCAAGAACGAAGACCUUAGUCUUAGUGUCGUUG